AGUGAGUGAAAAUGAAAGCUGGAGUCUGAUUGGUUACUAUCAGAAUCAGCAACCGGAGGUCAGCACCGAGUGGACUUUCUAGCAGCCUCUGCCCUUAUAAUCUCUGAUACCCAUAUAGGAAAUCACAUGACCUUUGAAUGACGCGAGGCCCAGCCGCAGAUCACGUGACCUACUCACGUCUUCUCCCGCCCGCUGGGCUCGGUCAUGUGACGGCUGACACUAUUUAACCCUUGCACUGCCGCUCUCUUCCUGUCAGUGAAGCGGACGGGAAGAUGGAGAAGCUGCUGCUGCGCUCGGUACUGGUGGUGGCGCUACUCGCUGCCUGGAGCCGCCCCGGGGCCUCUGACACCCCGGCCAACUGCAGCUUUCCGGACCUGGAGGGCACCUGGGAGUUUACAGUGAGCCCCAGUAAAGGAGGGGCCCGCAACAAGGACAUUGACUGCUCCCGGCUGGGGCCGGCGGAAAGGACGACAAAGUUCACUAUAAAACAGCUUGACGUUGCUGAAGAUGACAUGGGGAACGUCGGCUACGUCACCAUCAUCUACAAUCAAGGCUUUGAAAUUGUGGCCAAUGGCUACAAGUGGUUUGCCUUCUUUAAGUAUGAGAAACAAGGAACGAACGUCACCAGUUACUGUCACGAGACCUUCCCUGGCUGGGUGCACGAUGUGCUGGGACGGAACUGGGCCUGCUUCAUCGGAAAGAAGGUCUCAUCCAGCUCUGGUAAAAAGGUGAACGCCGCACCGUUCCCCAAGGAAGGAGGAUGGCUCUCGACAAAACCCUUCAGAAGCAACCUUGGACUUGUGCAGCAAAUAAACAAUGUCCAGAAAUCUUGGACUGCGGGGGUGUACCCUGAACUGGAGGGACUGUCCAUGGAGGAUCUUCUGAGAAGAGCUGGUGGGCGCAAAUCUAGGAUUCCCAACAUUCCUCCUCCAGCACCUUUGCCGACUGAUGAGAAAUAUCAAGGCCUCCCUGAUGCCUGGGAUUGGCGGGAUAUGCAGGGGUAUAACUUUGUCAGCCCCGUUAGAAAUCAAGGAUCUUGCGGUAGCUGCUACUCCUUUGCAACCAUGGGCAUGUUGGAAUCCCGCAUCCGUGUUAUGACCAAACUUCAGCAGAAGCCGAUCCUGAGCCCCCAACAAGUUGUCUCCUGCAGUAACUACUCCCAAGGUUGUGAUGGCGGAUUUCCUUACCUGAUCUCCGGCAAGUACAUCCAAGACUUUGGCAUCGUAGAAGAGUCCGACUUCCCAUACACCGGGCGAGACUCUCCCUGCACCCUGAAAGACGACUACUACAGAUACUACUCCUCUGAAUACCACUACGUGGGGGGGUUCUACGGCGGCUGCAACGAGGCCUUCAUGAAAUACGAAUUGAUCCUCGGGGGUCCUCUGGCUGUGGCCUUCGAAGUCUACGACGAUUUUAUGUAUUAUAAGGGAGGCAUCUACCACCACACCGGCUUGCAGGAUCGCUUCAACCCCUUCCAGCUGACUAACCACGCCGUCCUCUUGGUGGGGUACGGAACCGAUUCAAACAGCGGCGAAAAAUACUGGAUCGUGAAGAACAGUUGGGGGGAGUCGUGGGGAGAGAAGGGUUACUUCCGUAUACGCCGGGGCGUCAAUGAGUGCGCCAUAGAAAGUAUAGCGGUAGCUGCCACGCCUAUUUCAAAAUUAUAGGAAAAAGACCCUAAGUGAAUAGAUUUGGGGUGGGGUUGUUGGAUAUGCUCAAUGUUGUAGAACAGUCACACUGACUAGAGAUGAGCGAACUUACAGUAAAUUCGAUUCGUCACAAACUUCUCGGCUCGGCAGU